AUUGUCGUUCUCCAAAGCGAAACCAAAUUCAUCUUCAAGGCAAACCCCCCCUCUCUCUCUAGAAGCUUCUCGUUCUUCUUCUUCUGGGUCGAAACCACUGCGAGGAAAGCUUGUAAGGAGAGGGAGAAGAAGAUGAUGCAUAUGACGUUUUACUGGAGCAAGGAGGUGACCCUCCUGGUGGAGUCGUGGCAGACCACCACGUGGACCAGCUACGCCUUCACCCUCGUCGCCUGCUUCCUCGCCUCCGCCUUCUACCAGUUCAUGGAGGACCGACGCGUCCGCCUCAAGCUCGCCUCCUCCGCCGAGGCCGCCGCCAAGCCCCCCUCCGACGCCGACGCCGCCGCCUCGGAGGCCCCGCUCGAGACGCCGUUCCUCCGCUCGAAGGUGACGGCGUCGGCCGGCGGGAAGAGGUGGACGGCGGCCCGGGUGGGAGGGGGGGUGCUGUUCGGGGUGAACGCGGCGAUCGGGUACCUGCUGAUGCUGGCGGUGAUGUCGUUCAACGGAGGGGUGUUUCUGAGCGUGGUGUGCGGGCUGGGGGUUGGGUAUCUGGUGUUCCGGAGCGGGAGCGACGACGCCGUGACGACGGUGAGGGCCGUCGCUGAUAAUCCCUGCGCGUGUGCCUAGGCUUAAGCUUUUCUUAUUCGAUAAGGUUAAGGUAACAUCACCAUGUAAAUCAUCUCUCUCUCUCUCUCUCUCUCUCUCUCU